UUGAAUUCUCGUAGGAAUCGGCUAGCAAUUUUUCCCAGCUAGCGGUGCAAAGGGGGGCCACUUUAUCAAUGGUCCUGAUUCGGUUAUACGUUUAAACUCCUCUUUUUUCGUAACCCUGGACAGCGUAGUGAUCUCUGAAGGUGUCCGGGAAGCGGAGUGGAUUCACGACGGGCUCGCUAGCUUUAGUUAGACACUCGUAGGGGAGGGGGGGGUUACCGGAGGAAGAAGUUGAAUGGAUCCGAGGGUAGCUUGGAUUCAGCCCGAACAGAAAGGACCUGCGAACGCCUUAUGGAUGCACGUCUGGGAGACCUCUCAGGGAGUACGGACGCUCGCGCAGCAGCAGCAGCUCCACAAUCAGAACCACAACCAGUGUGUCAGCUACACUGCGUUGGAUGUUAUAAAAAAUGUGGCGACCGCGGUGGCAACGGGAAAGAGCAUUUGCAGCAGCGGUAACGUUACAGGCAGCCGGAGCAGCAGCAGCAGCCAUCACGGCAUAAUGAACGGCACUACAACUAUUAACGGCACUGCGAUUUCCACGCUAGGGGUAGUAGCACUGUCCAACGGGAACCUACAUAAUAAUAACUCUUUUGCCGCGACAAGCGCCGCUGCAGAAGCAGGUGAGGGCAAAAGCCUGCCUCAAAAGCCCGGAUCUGUCUCCACUUCGUCUUCUUCACAGGAAUCGCGGACGGACAGUCCACUUGAGAGGACUAUGGGUGGAAAUGUGCCGGGCAACGUGAAUAAUAAAAACGUCGGGGGUGCCAAUCUGUUCUACAGUUUGGGCGAUAGCAUGGAUAUUAAUAAUGUCAACCUUCACCACCACCACCGUCACCACCACCACCAUCAUCAUCACCACCACCGUCACCUACAGGAGCACCCGGCUUUCAAUGUACAGCAGAUCUGCGUGAAGCGUCACCAGCUCCAGCCUGCUGUACCUGUAAAUCACACACACAAUCACCACCCGGGCCGCAGGAAAAGUGAGAACAAGGCGAGCACUUAUGGAAUGAACUACUUGCUCUCGAACUGCACUAAUGGUAAUUAUGCCAGCACUUGGACACCGUGGAAGACUCGGACGUACAACCCCGGAGUCCUCGGACUCCAUGAGGAGGUGAUGGACUUCUACAACUUCAUGUCUCCCCGGCCAGAGGAAGCAGCAAUGAGGAAAGAGGUGGUGAACCGGAUAGAGAUGGUCAUUAAGGAGCUAUGGCCCACUGCAGAUGUCCAAAUAUUUGGCAGCUUCAGCACAGGACUCUAUCUUCCGACAAGUGACAUUGACCUGGUGGUGUUUGGGAAGUGGGAGCGCCCGCCGCUGCAGGAGCUGGAACAAGCUCUUCGCAAACAUAACGUGGCAGAACCCUUCUCCAUCAAAGUGCUGGACAAAGCUACAGUGCCAAUCAUCAAGCUGACGGACCAGGAGACCGAGGUGAAGGUGGACAUCAGUUUCAAUGUGGAGACUGGAGUCAAGGCGGCAAGCUUCAUUAAAGACUAUGUAAAGAAGUAUCCAGUGCUGCCUUAUCUGAUCUUCGUGCUGAAGCAGUUCCUGCUGCAGAGAGAUCUAAAUGAAGUCUUCACCGGGGGAAUCAGCUCUUACAGCCUCAUCCUCAUGGUCAUCAGCUUCCUACAGCUACAUCCUCGCAUUGACGCCAGGAAUCCUACUGAGAACUUGGGCGUGUUGCUGAUCGAAUUUUUUGAGUUGUACGGCCGCCAUUUCAACUACUUGAAAACAGGGAUUCGCAUCAAAAAUGGAGGCGCGUACAUCCCCAAAGAGGAGAUCAUGAAGUCCAUGACAAAUGGAUACAGGCCAUCGAUGCUCUGCAUAGAGGACCCACUGCUUCCUGGUAACGAUGUGGGGAGAGGCUCCUACGGCGCCAUGCACGUCAAGCAGGUGUUUGACUACGCCUACACCGUCCUGAGUCACGCCGUGUCACCACUUGCGCGGUCAUAUCCCAAUAAAGAGUGCGAAAGCACCUUGGGCAGGAUCAUCAGGUUGACCCAGGAAGUGAUCGAUUACAGGGAAUGGAUCAUCAAGAAGUGGGGGGGCCGGGAUCUGGCACGAACAGACAACAGAGUUUCACCUCCAAAGGAGCCGGUGUCGGAGCAGGAGCUUGGCAGCAGCAGCAUCGGGUCGGAGGAGCAGCAGAGGGACUCGGCGUCGCCCCACAGCGCAGACUCCCCCAUGUCCAUCUCCAGCCCGCAGCAGCACUCGUCGGCGUCCUCCGUCUCCUCGCUGUCUGGAUCAGACAAUGACUCUGAUUCAGCGUUACCGUGUCCUGUCCCUCCGCCGACCCUGUCACCGUACCCGUCUUUCCCGCCACUGGGCUUAACGUUGCCACCGGGACUCAAGCCCGGCAUGGGAGGACACCAUCUGCUCAUACCUCCAGGCUCACAGGCUCGCGUCUCACUGCCCGGUGGUCUAGCAAUGCACUCCAUACCUGGCAGACAGGUGUGUAUAGACACCGGGCUCCCCCCCUUCUUCCACAUGCCCUCCCUAGCCCAUGCUCAUGCCCCCGCCCCCUCCAGCCCCCAGCCUCCGCUCAGCCCCCACUCCAGCCACACACACAAGAACACAACCAAGUUAAAUGUGAAGGGCUUCCACAACCCGCCGCCGGUCAGCAACCCUGUCCUGGCCAACCGCGGACACACACACACGCAGUAUCACCGCAACACUUGGCGGCGCAGGAAGAGGGACAGCCUACCGGUUAGCCUCAGCAGAUAGAAGCCACUCCUCUUCCUGUAACCUUUUCCCUCCUUCCUCCCUCCUCUUCCUCCUCUCUGGCUGUAAACCCUGGCUCUUCGUUCGUCUUGAAGGAGGAUGGACAGACUGACAGACAGAGGACCAGAGACCAGCAGUUUUACAUAUGGAGCUGCCACGACACAGAACAGCAGCACUCAGCUCUGCAGCUUCCUCCUACUCUCGCCAUCUUUCCGUUUCUGCAUGACAAAGUUUUAUACAUUCAGUAUUUUUGUUUUUUUUCACCAUCUUCGUUUUUUUUAAGCUAUUUGACUCGGUGGUCAUUUCUUUGCCAAGUCUACUUGACCUCACCUCAACCCUUACAGCCAAGCUGCCUGAGGUUCAGUGUUACCUUCUUCUUUUUGUUUUUUUUACAGUUUAUACACUUAGGAACAAACUUUUUUUUUCUUAUUUUUCAUUUUGUGCAAUAAUGUUAUUUCUUCUUGGAACUAAAGUAAAUGCUUAUUUAA